UGCGUGUAUUAAAAACUGCUCUUUAACCUAAAAAUCCACUAAACAAUAUCUAAUUUUUUAUAUGUUUUUUUUUUUGGUCGCUGUUAAGUCGCCCCUUUAGUCCUGGUUCCUUAGUUUCUUACGUUUAAAUUUUGUUGUAGGUCAUAGUUUAGUCAUGAUUUUUCAAUACCAAGAUGGGCUAGAUUCUUCACUUACAGAGGACCCGUCGGAUCUUUCUCAAUCUGCGCAAGUUUCUCAAACCCUUCCGCCUUUCAUCUCUUUUACGUUAGACUUAAAACCUUCUGUACGGAAAACCUUGGGCUCUUUUGCUUUUACUAUUGAAAGGCAAAACUUAAGUUGGGAAACUCUUUUAUCGGAAAUACAAACUAUCGUUUCUUCUAAGAAACUUGAUUUGGACGUUGAAUUAAACAAGGACACCAUUUCACGAAUUCUGAAGUUUUUUUCUUCUUCUCGUUGUAACAUUGCGGGGGCCACCCAUUUAACCAAAGAAAAUAUGCUUCCUUUAUUUGAAGCAACUUAUCGCAAUUAUGUGGCCUUCUUGAGAAAAGAAAACUCGCCAAACUCAACUUUUAAAAUUCGCCUCUUACUUUUAUUAAGCGAAAUUAAUAACAACUUUACCAGCACAUUUUACCCCGAUCACAUGUUACUAACCCACAACGAAAGUUUUAAAAAGAAGCAAAGGAACAACGACUUUAAAAAAUCCAUAAAUAUGAAAUGGCCCCAUUUUGACUCUCGAAUGCAAAGCUCUCCUCAGGGUUCGAGCACCGGGGCGAGUCUGCCUAACUCAAUCCGGUUUAAUUGCAUUAUGGAAACCCAGUACGGCACGAAAAGACAGCAGUGCGCGCUGGAAGUCAGUAUUCCGGAUAUCCUCGAGGCCUACAAAAUUAUAGAGCCUCAUUUGUUGUACGCCUCCAACUUAAAUAACAGUUCCACAAGUAGUCAAGUGUCUCAAUCGGCCGACUUGAAUAUUGAUCACAACCAAUCCGAUCUCUCCUCCCUGCAAAUUCCCCGUCAAAACCACUAGCUAUUUAAAAAAUUGUAAAAUUGUAAUAUAU